UCAUCCAGCUUUCACAACAUAUAAAAAAAAACAAAAAAUCUGAGCUUCUUCCAAAUUCAGCCAUGGAUCCAAACCCUAACAAAUUCCCGAUCCUCUCCUAUGUCAUGGCCAAGCUCCCCACCUUCAAUCGCACCCCAUCCACCGCCGGCGCCCCCACCGGCGAAGAUUUCGACAUCGAGAAUCAGCCGGUGGCGAAUUUCUCCCCCAACGAGCCUCAAUUCGAGGCCUCCGCGAGCAUGCCGUACCUGAAAAAUCGCAAGCUCAUCGCCGCCAUGGGCGAGGCCGUCACCGGCGUCGCGCAUACCCGAUCCGCGCUGCGGAUCCUGGGGACCCGACCCGAUCACGAGGCCGUUGACCUGGCGCGGCUGAGGCUGGCGGAGAUCGAGGCCGACGCCUCGUUGACGCCGGAGAAGAGAGCCGAGGAUUACGAGAUUUAUAAGGCUGUGAUCGAUCUGGACGAGAUGCACGACAAGUAUGAGAAGAUGCUGAGUGAUGCGGAGCGGAGGCUGGAGAGGAUCUACGAGGCGGCGGUGGCUGGGGAGGAGCUGAAUGAGGAGGAAGGCGGCGAGGGGAAGGGUUUGGAGAAGGAUGAAUUGGAUGAGGAGGUGGUGGGGAUUUUGAAGGAUGCGGAAUCGGGGAAAGUGAUUGAGAGUGUUGAAUUGUCUGGGAGGAAGUUGAGGAUUUUGCCGGAGGAGUUUGGGAGGUUGAAUUCAUUGGUUUCGCUCGAUCUGUCGAAUAACCAGCUCGAGGCACUUCCUGAUUCGAUUGCCGGACUGGAAAAUCUCGACACUCUAAAUAUUUCAGAAAACCUUUUGGUGUCGUUGCCUGAUUCCAUUGGCCUAUUGUUUAAGUUGCGAAUCUUGAAUGUUUCUAGAAACAAGCUUCACGCCCUGCCCGACAGCAUUUCUCACUGCAGGUCGUUGGAGGAAUUGGAUGCAAGUUUCAACAAACUCACCUACCUACCGACCAAUAUCGGUUUCGAACUUGUGAAUCUCAGACGUCUCUCGGUGAAUCUGAACAAGAUCCGCUCCCUGCCGACAUCUGUUGGUGAGAUGAAGUCCUUGCAGCAUCUGGACUUGCAUUUCAAUGAGCUUGGUGGGCUUCCACCUACGAUUGGGAAACUGACAAAUCUCGAGAUUCUGAAUCUCAGUAGCAACUUCAGUGACUUGACUGAGCUCCCUGCUACAAUUUCUGACCUUAUCAACCUCAAAGAACUUGAUCUGAGCAACAACCAGAUUCAUGCACUUCCCGACACCUUUGGGCGGCUCAUGAAUCUGGCUAAGCUCAACGUAGAGCACAACCCUCUCACGAUACCGCCAAAGGAGAUAGUGGCUGGAGGAGUUGUAGCGAUCAAGGGUUACAUGGCGAAACGCUGGGCUGAUAUAUUGCUAGAGGAACAACAUAAGAACAUGACCCAAGUGCAAGAGCAACCUCAGGCAAGUUUGUUUACUCGAAGCACCGCCUGGCUGAGUGGUGCCGUUUCGGGAUACUUUGCAAGCACGGGGAAAUCGAACGAGGACCCUUACCUGAACCAGCAGCUGUAACUCUCUCCUGGAUACGCCGUAAGCAUCUACUUUCCACAAACACAGGAUCGAGGCAUAAUGACAAGAAACCAGAGAAACGGAUCUUUUGCCUAUUUUGCUUCUUUUUGUUUGUGUACUUUGAAAACAUUGAGGAUACAUUUGCUGUGCUAGCUUUGUUUUAGACUCUGCUCUGGAGCUUUGUUUUA